AAACAAUCGAGAUUUUCGUGCACGAUAUUAAAAAAGUAUGACGACUCGACGUAAGACACGACAAAGUGCGCUGAAAACGGCGAAAACAGAUGAAUCCUCAUCCAGUGAUUCAGAAUAUUCCAAGACGCUAAAAAUCAUUACAAAGUUGUCACAGAAAUACUUGGGCACAACAGACUCAAAGAAGAAAUGUACCAUCUUAAGAAGUAAGCAUAGUCCAGACCAAGCUUAUGAGGGAGAUGAGGAGAAUACUACUCCUUGUGGAUCAGACUCCUCAAGCAAUGCCUCCUCCAAGAGUAAGAGUAGUUUGUACGACUUUGAUGAAGAGGACCCAGAACCAGUAAAAUCCCCCCUUAAAAAACCCAAAGCCAAAAAGAAAAAGUCAACUACUACAAAGACAUCUAUACCUUUCUCUGGAGAAAAAUCCAAAUCAGCAAAAAUAAAGGGCUCACAACCAAUUACCAAAAAAACAACCGAUCACAAAGCUAUGAGUAACAAUUCAAAGCACAAGAAAAUUCCAUUAACACAAGUUACGCCUAUGGAUGUAUCCCCAAUACCACAGUCAAACAGUAUUGAGAGUCCCUUAAGUACAAGGUCAGGUCUAAAAGGAAAAAAUGUAUCCUUUUCUCCCAAUGUUUCUGAGAUUAUUCCAGCAAAAUUCUCUCCAGUUGUGACUCUACAAAAAAUAAAUGUUGACAAUGUUGACAGUUCUCAGAGGCAGCUUAGAAAGAGAAAGUGUGAUACACCAGUUGGAACAAUUAUCAAAUCUCCCAAAGUGAGAAGGGCUAAUUCUGGUAAAAAAGCUAACAUUGAGAAGAAAGAAAAUUCAAGGGACAGUGGGAUGUUUCUCUCACCAGAAGUUGUUGCAGAGAAAGACUUUAAAGCCCAGGCUGUGUCCACCCCAUUUAACUCUUCCAGUAUCCCUCUGAAGUCUUCUCUCAAUGCUUACCGUGACCCAGCCCUCCUUAAUGUGUCUCCGGUGAAGAAGACUUCUAGUCCCCCCAUCACUCCACUGUCAGACUAUGCCUCCAUGGACUCCAUUACACACAAACUGACAUUUGAUGACAGCAUUACAGAUGAUAAAAGCCAAUCAAAGAACAUAGAACUGUUUACAACAGGGGAUGAAAUGGUUGUCAACAAAAGCUUUCAAAGCACAUACAAACCUUCCAAGAGGAAACAUGUGCAGAAGAAAAUCACCAAAGCAAAUGACAAAAUGGAGGAAUGGAUGGAGAAAAUGAAUUCCGAAUUCUCAGAAAUUGAAGGAUUUGAGCUUAGCAUUGAAGAUAAUGCAUAAGAGUUGAUUGCCUAGAAGAGUAGAAGACAUGAUUAUUGAAGUUUUUUUCAUAAUAUUAUACAUGCAAAGAAAAGUAAUACUUAAAAAAAUUUCCACCUCAUUUUUUAAAGAAAAGUUUUUUAUGUUUUACCAACAUCUCCUUAAAGAUGUCUUUAGCCUCAGUUUGGUACCAUAUUCUACCAUCUAUCCAUCCAGUGCCCCUUUUGAUGAUUUCAUGUUCUCAAUUAUAUUGCA